AUGGCCAAACAGGGUCUCUUCUCCGAUGAGUUGCUGUCUCCCGAGGUGCAAGCGGCACUGCCUCAGGGCUACAAAUUACGAGCUCUCCGGCGGAGCGACUUCGACGCCGGCUACCUCGACUGCCUCCGCGUGUUGACCACGGUGGGCGACAUUACCAAGGAGCAGUUCGAAGACCGCUAUGACUGGAUGGCGAAGCAAGACAACAGCUAUUACGUCCUCGUCAUCGAGGACACCAACGCCAGCCCGCCGAGGAUUGUCGGCACCGGCGCGCUGUUGAGGGAGCGCAAGUUCAUCCACAAUCUCGGCUCGGUCGGUCACAUCGAGGACAUCGCGGUCGCCAAAGACCAGCAGGGCAAGAAAUUGGGCCUGCGCAUCAUCCACGCGCUCGACUACAUCGCCAAGCAACUAGGGUGUUACAAGACCAUCCUCGACUGCAGCGACCACAACGAGGGCUUCUACGUCAAGUGUGGCUUCCGGAGGGCCGGCCUGGAGAUGGCUCACUACCACGAGGGCCCCAAGAGUAACGGCGCCUCCGCCCAAUAG